AUGCACCGCCGACAGGGUCAUGCGUCCCUGAAUCUGGAGUCUUGUCUCAGGGGCCGUGGUGGUUACUCCAUCUGGCUCAGUGUCAUAUCCUUCCGCGGUGGCAACCCUGAUCAGCUCUGUCGCCUGGCUGGUGGCUGCCAGGCGGUUCAGGAAGGCCAGUGUCCGUGA